AAUAUGUAUGUGCAUAAUUUUAUAAUUAUUUUAAUAUGUAGCGUAAUCUAGGAAUAAAAGAGAAUUUUUUAAUUUUUUUUUUUUUUUUAAUUAUUUGCUGUUCAAAUCUGAUUUACAGAAAGCUAAAUUAUCAUUUUGCUUUUAUAUAAUACUACUCAUAAUAUCUGAAAAAUAAAUUUGAGAAAUCGUGAAAAAUCUCCAAACUUGUACAUUGUCUGGCUGGUAUUUGUCUAACAAAUAUGCGCCGGGAAGAAACUUUAGCAAGCCGAAAUAUCCUUUUUUAAGUACUUAUUAACGAAAACAUUAAUGUACCAAUUAUUAAUUUGUUGAAAAAAUGGUCUUAACAUCAAAAUUUUAUUUUAACUAUAAAUCAGAAGCAUUAAUUGUUAUUAACAAAAAAGUGAUAGGCAUUAGGGACAAAAAAAAUUUUUUAAUUAAUAAGCAUUCUUGUUUUUAUUCUUCAUAUGAUUAAGGUAUAAAAAAAGAGUAAAUUAACUUUGUUUUGUAAGUUUUUAGAGUAUAUAAUUAUUGUCAGUAGCAUUUAGAUCAUAUCAAAUAAAAUUUCUAUAUAUUUUACGUUCGAGGAUGUCAUCUUCGAGGUUCGAUGGGUGAGCAGGAGCAUCAUUGAGGACGAGAAGGGCUUGCAAGGCCGUUCCUCGCAUCUCAAAACAAAACUUCAUUCGAUCGACUGCUCGUAUCUCAAAUAACUCAUAUGUUAGGGCACUCGUAUCUCGAGGUACCACUGUAUAUCUUUAGCAUUGAAGUUCUAAAUUUCAAUGCUUUUAAUAGUCAAAAAAGCAAAAUAUGACAAUCUUACUUAUGUUACAGUUGUUUCAUAUUUAUAAGUUUAAAAAAGAAAGAACGUUGACUUACUAGUGUUAGAGAUCUAAAGCUCAGUUAGAACUUUUUAAGUCCUUUAUUUAAAGUUACAAAUGCUUUUUCUCUCUAUGUAACUUUAAAACAAAUUUUUGUUCAACUAUAUCAAUUCAAUACAAGACUAAAAAAUCGUAGAAAAAUAAUUUGAGCAUACUUUCUCCCCUUUCUUUCUACGUAAAGAAGUGAGACCUUAAUGGCAAGGCCUGAAAACUAUAAUGCUCAAUGUGGCCAGGCACACAAUAAUGGAAUAAAAAUAAACCAAGACGAAACGUGAGAACUCCAGCUCGCAAUAUCGUAACAAAAUUGCCCGGAAAUGUUGGUGAUGCAAGAAAUGUAUCCUGCCCUAUCGAAUCAUGGAAGUUGCUUAUCAACGAAAUAAUAACAACGAGUAUUGUGGAAUGCGCAAACAUUUAUAUAAAAUCAACUGCAUGCAAUUUCCAAAGAAAAAGAGAUGCUCGUGAGACAAAUAUGACGGAAAUAAGAGCAUUUAUUGGCCUUUAUUUAGCGGGAAUUCACAAAUCCUCACAUGUAAAUGUCCCUGAUAUUUGGAAUACCGAUGGCACAGGCCUUGAAGUUUUUUAUCGGACUAUGUCAUAUAAUCGCUUUUUAUUCCUAAUGAGAUGCAUAAGAUUCGAUGAUAUUACUGAUCGUCCUUCUAGAAGAGAACUGGAUAAAUUGGCUCCCAUACAAUCUAUUUUUGAAAAAUUUGUUGCAAACUGCCAACAUGUAUACAGUCUCGGGGAAUUUGUCACUAUAGAUGAAAAGUUAGAACCCUUUAGAGGUAAAUGUUCCUUUCGUCAAUAUAUUCCAAGUAAACCUGCCAAGUAUAGAAUUAAAAUAUUUGCUUUAGUUGAUUCUAGGACAUUUUAUACUUGGAAUCUUGAAAUUUAUGCAGGUGCUCAACCAGAAGGUCCAUAUAAAGUAGAAAAUACUCCCGAUAAAAUUGUCAAGAGGUUAAUGGAACCGAUUUACAACUCUGGGCGUAAUCUCAUAGUUGACAAUUGGUAUACUAGUUAUGCAUUAGCGAAAGAUCUCCUUCAAAAGAAAAUAACAUUUGUAGGAACUGUCAGAAAAAAUAAAAGAGAACCACUACCAAUCAUUUCUGGGAAGAAACGAGAAGUGUAUUCCUCUUUAUUUGGAUUCCAAAGGAAUGCGACUUUGGUAUCCUACGUACCGAAAAAAAAUUAAUGUGUGGUACUUUUGUCUACCACGCACAAUGAUGGUGCAAUUGAUGUUUCAACUGCAGAAGCCAGGA